AUGUUAUGUACCAAAUGCCAAGCAAAAUUUUGUUAUCGUUGUGGAAGUCGAAUGAGAUUACCUACUUAUAUUGGGCAUGAUGCAAAAUAUUCAAUAUUCGGCUGUAAAUAUAAACUUUGGCCAAAUCGUCCAUUUUUACGUUGGCUAAUACGUGGUUCGAUAUUUGCUGGUGUUCUGCUUCUUACACCAGUUGUAUUAGCUGCAGUUAUUGCUCUUGUUGCUAUCGGAAUUCCAAUUGUUCUUGUCAUUGCUUGUUUUGCUUUACCGGUAUUUGCAUGUGUUCAGUGUAAGAAACGUGCAUAG